CGCGUCGCUAUAGAGGCUCCCUUAAUUUAACCUUUUUCUACUUCCGUCCUUCCUUCUUCGUCGACGCGGGUCACUGUCAUCAGUCGCCGGCUCCCAGCCCUGGGCGAAAAAAACCUUUAAAAUGAAGAUUUGGUCGUCAGAGCACAUUUUCCAUCACCCAUGGGAGACGGUGACGAAGGCAGCAAUGCAGAAAUACCCCAACCCCAUGAAUCCUAGUGUGUUUGGUGUGGACGUCCUGAAGAGAAGCGUAGACACAGAGGGACGGUUACACAGCACCAGGCUGCUCAGCACAGAGUGGGGUCUGCCCGCCAUGGCCAAGUCUAUCAUUGGGUUUGGAACGUCGAGAACAUGCACCUAUGUUCAGGAACAUUCUGUCGUAGAUCCUAAAGAAAAGACAUUACAACUACAGUCUACUAAUAUCUCCUUCACUAACCUGGUUUCUGUGGAUGAAAAGUUGACUUACAAGCCACACCCGCAGGAUCCACAAAAAACGGUGCUCACACAAGAAGCCCUGAUCAGUGUGAAAGGCAUCAGUCUGAGCAGUUACCUUGAGGGUCUCAUGGCCAAAACAAUUUCUGUCAACGCUGGCAAGGGCCGUGAAGCCAUGGAGUGGGUCAUCAGACGAUUGAACACAGAAUUCGAAGAGUUAACAGCAACAGCCCGCAGUACCAGGCUUGUACCUAUGGCGGCAGCAGCUGCUGCAGACAAAUGAUAUUGUGAGACUUUCCAACUGCUUUUCCCACCAUGAACCAAUGGACUUCUCAGACAUUGUCUCUUUAAACGGAGAAUUCUCAUCUCCCAGCACAGCCUCAUAAUAACUACAGUCGUGUCCUCUGGUAUGUUUGUUUUCAUUUGUUUGUCGGGAACAUUUGCUCCUCAGCUGCCUGACCAGUCUGAAACAGGUCUCUGAUUACUGACGAGGAGCAUUGAGCUGAUGACGGAUAAAAAGAACUAACACAGGGUGGAAUUUGACUGCACUUGAAGCUCAUAGGACUUUGUCUUGUGAUGUGAAGCUCAUUUUCUUUCUCAAAUUCACACUGUGCCUCCACAUCAUUCAUCAGCCUAGUCUCUCCUGAUCUUUUAAUCUUUCUCUCCCUCCAACCUUUUUACCAUUUGUAAACUUUAAACAACUCAAGCACUGGUAUUAAAAUGACAUCAUUUUGUGUCAUUUAACAUGCACUUCUGACUGAGCAUACUAUGGGUUUGAUCAAUUGCCAAAGUAUUUUCAAAGCAAAAUAGUUCAGACACAUUUAAACCCAUUUGUUUAAGCAAAGACAGUAGAGUAAACACUAGGGAGAACUGUAAUAUAGCUCCUCAGUUUCAGCUGCAGGGCAUCAAGACUGUUACCAACUGCGUCAAGCCUGUUGUUACGCUGAAGCUUUCUCCCCAGCCAUUAGAUGAAUGAUGGAAAGAAUAUUAGUUAUCAGGACAUAAUGACAGGUGACAUGGUUCAUGUCCAUGUUUUACAAAAAUAGCACUCCUUUGUCUUGUGCCAUUAGCUAGAAAUCUGGGAGGUUAGAGUGUGUGUGUGUGUGUGUGUCAGUCAGUGUGUGGUCUAUCGCCCAGCAGUAGUUGUUACAACGAAGGUUUUGUACAGCCAGCAGUGGCAGCUUAUGUUUAUUUAUUGAACAUGUAUAAAAUAACAAACAUUUAAACGUGGUAAAAUACAUCAGAGGUCGUGUUCACGCUUGUCCUGCUCUGUUCAGUGGAAACAGUGGCAGUGGUUUUAUGACACAGGCUGUGUAUAGAGAGCAACUUAAAGUCAGUACGAUCAGCAAGCCCAGCAGCCGUCCAAUCAGAUGAUGAUCGUGUUCUCCUGACUCAUUUGAGAACCCAGUUAAUCAGGACUUAGCGAAAGAGAAGUCAACUAAAUGUUUUCUUCUCUGCUUUGGUUUAAACUACAUGACCCAAACAACAAGUGUGAAUGUAACUUUCCUUUUAUUUUACCAGGUUUCACACUGAUGUGUUGGACUUCUUCAUAUACUUGUCUCUUAUCUUUUAUUCUGUUCUAUCUUCUCUGCUUCUGUCUCUGGUUGAGUGAAGAGCUGUAGCAACAUGUGUUGGAACGUUAACUUGAGGAGAACUACAGGGCUGUGUUCAGGAUCAUUAAUGUACCAACAUCACAGUAAAGAUGGAAAAUAAAACCAGUAAACACUUUAUUUACAGUAUUAUUUAUGUUGAUGGUGAUAUUUAUAAUGUUUGUUUUGACUGUGGAGAAACUGUAUUUUGUUUAUUGAUUUUAGAAAGCAUCAUCUGUGACACCACAGUGAAGUCUUCUCUCUAACAGCCUGUUGAACUCCCCGUCGUUUCAUGCUUCCUUGUCUUCCUUGUCUGGUCUUCUGCCUGAGUGACUGACGGUGUAAACGCAGCAGCUUCUUCUCACAACUAAACUCAUUUCCGUGUUCUUUAUUCCUAUGGAGGGAACAGUUUUGAUACAAGUAGCUGUAAAUAGGCCUGAUAUUUAUAUGAUGGUUGUGUUACAUUCCAAGAAUGUGAACAUGCUGUAACAAAAUGCAGUGCACACGGAAAUGUUUCAAAAUAAAGAGAUGUCUUUUGUCUUCAUGAA